UUCCCUUAAAUGGCUUACUGUGCUGUUCCCUGAGCACAAUGAAUAUAGUGUUGUACCAACGAAUUGGGUAACAAAAAAUGAAUUAACUCAAGUAAAUUAUUGCUACUGGCCUCCAGGCACUGUUAACAGUGAUGUUAUACAAAAAGCAGAUGAGCCGGGGUUAACCUGGAAAAUGUAUAGAGUAAAAAUUUAUGGUGGAAAUAAAACUUUUGAUAAUUUUAAUAAAGCAUGGCAUCAACAAGUUAUUAUUGAAGAUUCAUCUAAUGAAACAGGCAAUGAAGAAAAUAUGACUCUAAGACAUAAACAAAAAGGAAAGCUUAUCUCACAAAAUGUAUUGUUUAAUGUAACUGAUGAAAGUGACAAUGACAAUGAUAACAGUUAUAAUAUAAUGGCUCAGUCAUCAUCUGCCACGUUGAAUAUUGUCAAACCUUUGUUUGUAAAAUCAAAUAGUAAUGCUCUAAUAGUUUCAAGUUUAGAAACUGAUAAUAGAAUGUCUUAUUUACUUAACCAAUCAACAUCUUCAGCCACUGAUACAUCAGUUGAACCUAUAGCAUCUUGUAGUUCAUUAACUGAAAAAGACAACUAUCAACAACUCUCUGAGUUAAUGCCUCCAGAACCCAAACAUAUUUGUUCUACAACGGACUUCUCAUUACAGUCAUCAAAUACAAUGAACACUUUAAAUCAGUCUGUUCUCCAACAAAAAAACUAUGAUCCAACAAUGAACAUGAUGUUAAAUAGAAUAUUAUUAAAAGUAGAAAACAUUGAAAAAAUUUUGUCUAAACAUAAAAAUGAAAAUAAAAAUGCUCUGUUAGACAAUUCAUUUUUAUCAAAAUUCCCCAUUGAUAAUGUUGAAGGAUUUUUAUUGAUUGAAACUUGCAUUAGUAAUGAAAUUGAUUUUGUUUCAAAAUUGGAAUAUUUUAUUAGAUCAAUUUGAGGAAGGAAUGGCAAAGAACAUAUAAGAAGGUCUUUGACCAAACUUUUUACUAAUUCAUAUGCUGGUAAAUGUACGUGGACUGGUCGUGGAAAAAAUAUAAUUACCAAAGUAGGAGAUUCUGAAUUAAUCAGAAUACUUACAAAAGUUAUUAAAGAUAAUGCCAAAAAGCCCAUGACAAACUCUGAUGUAGAAAUAGAAAUUGCCGAAUGGCUUAGGCGUGCUAACACAAGAGUACAAAGGGACAAAUUAAACGAGUGACAAUAUAAUUUUUUAUAUGUGUUUAUGUUUUUUUUUUAUAUACAUUUAUAAUUACAGUUUUAAAAUAAUAUUUAUAAAAAGUUUUUAUUUAUAUUUAAGAAAGUACCAUUUUUAUUUCUUUAUAUAGA